AUGAAAGCUGAUUUUUUACAGAGAUAUUCUUUAAAGCUUAGCAAAGGUCAAUGUGAAAAAAUGUCAAUAGGGGCUGUGUUGACAUUAGGGUUGUUUUAUCAUUUCAAAUAUGUCAAAGUUUGUGGGUUAAAACUCCAUAUGAUAAGCUAUUACCCCCAAAAGAACGUAGGAUGCCAGGAAGGCCUUCUAUUAAAAGAAAAAGAGACAAGAAUGAAAAACAGACAAAGUAUCCAACCGUUUCGGGUUGUUCCCCCUCCUAAGGAAAAGAAGCCUCUCGGUAGGCCUAAAAAAAACUUUGAUUCAAGACCUCCGAGAGGACCAUCUGCAGCUACAAGUGGUGGUAGAGGCGGAAAAGGACCAACAGGGGCAAGAGGUGGAAGAGGAUCAUCUGCAGGUACAAGUGGUGGUAGAGGAGGAAGGUCAUUUAUUGAUGAAAUCUUUGAUUCACCAAUGGAAAAUGAAGUUAUAGACAUGUUUGAUAAUUUUGAGGAAGAACUACGUAGGGCUGCAAUGGAAAGGAGAGAAGGUGAACCUAUGUUGCAAUUCCCUGAAUAUCAAUUUAAUGAAGGAGUUCCUAUAGCUCAAGAUGAUGGAGUGGACGAAACUCAAGAUGUAGUGCCUGAAACUCAAUUUGAUAUUGAAAAUGCUAAUUUGGAAGAUCAAUAUAAUGUGGUUGGCAGGAUAGGUAUUGAUGUACCUGUUAUCCGUGCAAAGCUCAAGCCAAGAAAGCCAUCUGAAAGGAUUAUUUAG